AUGCUUAUGUACCCACGUAAGGGUCUCAUCACCGAUCCAUACAACUCAGAGGACAUCAUCAUACAAGACGACCAGUAUCCACCUGAGUUAUAUUCAGAGUACAACUGUCAACGCCUGCAAUCGCCGUUCCAGUGCCACCCUAGUGUACAGCUUUCUCCGCCAUCUUCCGCACCUUCCUCGCCUUCCUUCUCCUCUCCGACCUUCUCUAUUCCUUACCCGCAAACGUCGGACUCUCAGUCGUUUGGGGCUCCUUCAAUGACCCCAGCUUCUUCUUACAACCCGUCGUUUGACAUCCAGGGUUCCAAUUCGCCUCACUAUCUUCCUCAGUACCCUCAACAAUACUAUACUCCAAUGUUGGCGCAACAGCCUCUCGCCACCAACCAAGGGUGGGAUAGCAACUUGCAGUUGUUGAGCCCUGCGCGCAUUCCAUACGCCGGUGUACAGAAGCGCACUUCGCCUCCAUCACCCGCCAACAACUUCCACCGUCGUUCCAACAGCUCCAACAAGCCGUUGCCCACGCCAGUGCAAACCCCGCUUCAGAACUCCUUCCUUGCGACACCCUUCCAGAAUUUUGAUCCUUCCUCCCAGGAUGGCCACAACGCCGAUGCCGAGUCUGCGAUGAGAAAGGCCAUCAUGGACCAGCAGAAGCAGUCCCCUCCCCAGCAGCUGCAGAGCGAUUACUCUCUGGCGCCUUCAGUGUCAACUAUGAGCCACAACUCACCAGUGACUCCUCAGACAAGCUUGGAUGAGCUCGAAGAUGCAGCUAAGAUGAAUGGUGAGAAUGGAAUGAUCAGCCAGUGGAUGGACCAGUACUUACAAGUCGACGCAGAAUACACCUCUAACGGUAUGCCAAUGGGAGUUCCCAAGCUGGACAGGACCAUUUCCGAUAUCUACCAGGAUGAGCUUUACAACCCUGCUAUCAUGGGUGCUCCCCAAAUGAACAAGCAAAUGGCUCAAAAUCAGCUCAAUCCGCGCAAUUUUAUGGCCGAUCGCCUCCAGGCUGCCAACCAGGGACAUAUGUCUGCUCGCUCUCAAUCUCCCGCCAACCGCCGGGAUCGUUCGCCUUUCCGCCCUUCUUCUCCUUUCGCCGGUGACAUGGGUAGCAACAUGCAGCAGCCUCAGAUGGCCACCAGUGUGCCGAUGACACAGAAUGCCAUGCAAGGAAUGAACCGAUCUCAGCCCAACGCUACCGGAGAUAUCAAGACCAUGUCCCCCAAGGACGCAGUCUUGGAUUUCCAGGAUGGUGAGGACCCAGCUCUUCCAGCUCUGUUCCCCUCCGGUAUGCCCCAGGGUGACUUCAACUUGGGUGAUGCUCUUGGUUUGCGACGCGACAGUGGCUCAAUGCGACCAGUGGAAGCCUUCCCGCAAUAUACCACCGCCAUGUCGCAGCCUCAAUUCGCAUUCGCUCAGCCUCCCAGCCACCGUCCUUCGCAGAACAACCUGCUGCAGCAAACUCCCGACUUCCCAUCUCUAUCGGUGGAAUCCAGCGAGACCUCGCCGCAGGCCCAGGUCAACAUGUCAAUGGAGAUUCCCCGACCGAGCAACACCACCUCCGACGCUGGCACCUAUACCUGCACCUAUCACGGCUGCGCAUCUCGCUUCGAUUCUCCUUCUCGUCUACAGCGCCACAAGCGUGAAGCCCACCGUCAAACUACACCGGGCGGCCACCUCAUCAGCCGCGACACCACACUACGCAAUUCCCAAGCCGGCCCGCACCGGUGCGAGCGCAUCAACCCAUCAACGGGCAAAGCGUGCAAUUCAGUAUUCUCCCGACCCUACGAUCUUACCCGACAUGAACAUACGAUCCACACGGCGGGCAAGCAAAAGGUCCGCUGUCACAUCUGUAACGAGGACAAAACAUUCAGUCGAAACGAUGCUCUGACAAGACACAUGCGAGUGGUGCAUCCCGAAAUCGACUGGCCAGGCAAGCAGCGCAGGAGGAGAGAUUGA